UCCAUGAAGGGUUGGAAAGAAGUUGAAUAUGAGGUGGUUCGUGAUGCUGCUAAUAAUUGUAUUACUGUUUGUAACAUGGAAAAUUUUGAUCCAUUGGGCAUUCAUACUGGUGACUCAAUUGUGGUUGCUCCAAGUCAAACUUUAAGUGAUCAAGAAUAUCAUAUGCUCCGUACUGCUGCAAUCAAAAUCAUUCGCCACUUGGGUGUUGUUGGUGAAUGUAAUGUACAGUAUGCUUUGAACCCUGAAAGUCUAGAAUUCAAAGUUAUUGAAGUUAAUGCUCGUCUUAGUCGUAGUAGUGCACUUGCAUCAAAAGCCACUGGUUACCCACUUGCAUUUGUUGCUGCAAAAAUUGCCUUGGGUCACACACUUCCUGAACUCCGUAAUGCUGUUACUAAAACAACAACUGCCUGUUUUGAACCUUCUUUAGAUUAUAUU